GAAACAUCAUUUUUAACCAGCACAAACAAUUUCUUGGUAAUGGUACUUAGUAUAAUUCGUUGAUAAAAUAUUAUAUAUGCUAAGUUGAUGAGAGUAUCUAUCUAUCACCCCUUAGAUUAAAAUCGCCAAUUCUGGGUAUGUCAAUUUGGAACAACCUACCCUUAGAUCUCUUAGCCAAAAUCUUCUCCUUUCUCUCCCCAGAUUCACUGGCCAUAGCAAGAUCAGUUUGCAAGAAUUGGAACACCUGUUCCAAAGCAUAUCCUCUAUCCCCAACAACCUCAACAACGACAACAACCUCUUCAUGGUUCCUGGCUCUUCCAAUUCGCAACCACAGAGCGUGUUGUUAUGCUCACAAUCCAACCAUAGACAAAUGGCACCAACUCUCUCUGCCACUGCCAUCCAUUCGACCAAUUGCUUCAAUCGGAAGCCUCCUCCUCUUGAGGGUCACCAAUUCCACAACGCUCCAAUUGGGUCUCAGCAACCCCUUCACCGGAGAGUUCAAGCACCUUCCCCGGCUGCACGCGGCAAGGACCAACCCUGCCGUUGGAGUCACAGUCUCGGAGUCUUCGAAUUCAACUCUGUUCCCUUCGUUUAGAGUCUACGUGGCAGGUGGCAUGUCGGAGGCUGCCGAAGGUGGCGCAAAGUACGAAACGAAGGUGGAGAUGUACGACUCGAGGAUCGAGACGUGGCGGAUUGUGGGGUCGACGCCGGUGGAAUUCGCGGUGAGACUGACGGUGUGGACACCCAAUGAGAAUGUGUGCAUUGAAGAAACUCUGUAUUGGGUAACCUCGGCCAGAGCGUACAGUGUUGUCGAAUAUGAUGUUGGGAGAAAUGGGUGGAGGGAAUUGGGUGUGCCCAUGGCUGAAAAGCUUGAGUUUGCAUCGCUUGUGAAGAGAAAUGGAGCAUUGGGAUUGGUGGGUGGAACUUGCGGCGGAAGUGGUUGCAUUUGGCGGCUGAGCGAAGGGGACAAAUGGUGCUUGGUUGAUGAGGUGCCAUUUCAAUUGGGGUUGAGAUUGUUGGGAGGGAAGAGAGUUUGGGAGAGUGUGAAGUGUGUUGGCAAUGAUGAUUGUAUCUGUUUGUACAGAGAUCUUGGUUCUGGCAUGGUGGCUUGCAGAAGGGUUGGCUGGAAAUGGGUUUGGGUUUGGAUUUAUGGCUGUGAUUCAAUCAAGGGAAAACCAUUGCCCAAUUCUCCCAUAAGAGGAGCACUUCUUCAUCCCACUCUUGCUUCUUCUCUUAUCUUUUGAAGAAGACUGCUUUCUUGUACAACUUGUAAGGUUUUUCCAGGUGAGAUUCUGUAAUGUUUCAGGAUCAUGUUCCUGUAUAGCUUUUAUUCUUCUUUGCCUUUGCCUCCAACAUUAUCAUAGAAAAUUGUGAUUAAGCUCUUAUUUCA